AUGCUCCCAUGCUUGUCGCAUAUUCUGAGCCUCACCCUCCUCGUCCACCUCUUCGUGCGACUUGUCCGGGCUCUUCCUCUCGACGCCUUCGUCGUCCUUCUGCUGCCUCCAGCCGGCCCCGCUCUCGCGCAUCUACACCCAUCUCAACGUCGCGUCCACAAAUUACACUACACGAUGUACAACGCCUCUGAACUCUGGCUCACCUACCAGCUCGCGUCGCGCAUCCACUCGCCGCCGACGACGCAGCUCAUCGACCUCGCGCUCUCGCCGCGCAAGAUGCACGACCUCGAGGACGUGCUUGACUAUGUCUUCCGCCAGGGCUACAUUGAGGCCAAGUACCGUUCCAGCACCUACUGGGAGCGUGCCGACGGUACGCCUGUCAAGGCCAGCGAGUCCAUCGAGGGCGUUAUGACCAUGGGUGUCGGCAUGACUCCUGAGAGCCCUCUCAAGCUCGUCGUCGACGAUGCUCCUACGGCUUUGUGGUUCAGCUACCACAACCUGGACCAACCCAGCGCCAAGACAGUCGCCCAGCGCGUCCGCUUGACCGAGGCCCCUCACAUUCGCCGUCUCGCCCACGUCACGAACUACGUGUUCCAGGAGGGUUACCUGCCGCCCCACGUUCGUCCCUUCGUCUACUGGCAGGGCAUCUGCGGGCGUCGCAUCGAGGACCACAUCCCCGUUGAGGACCUCCUCAAGUGGGGUGAGGGCAUCAACGAGGACAAGGCCUUGAAGCUCGUCGUCGACAACCGCCCGGCUGGCAUGCGCACUCCCGAACCUACGAUCCAGAUCCCCCACCGCGUCGGUACCCCGAUGCUCAAGACCUCGCACUCUUCCCCCACCAUGAAGUCUCCCUGCAGCCACCCCUCUGGGUACUGCCUGUAA